ACUAGUUUGAAUUUUGUUUUUUUAUCGAGGGGACGCAAUUUAACCACAGGCGCAAAUGGCAGGCAAAAAAUUCUUCUCUUAUCCCUGGGAACAAAACACCAGAGUCCACAGUCCAAGGCUUCUUCCCCAAAUAUCCGCUUUCUAUCUACCUUCUCGGAUUCGGAAACCAUUUCUCCGACUUCGUUUCAAACAUGGUCUUAGGAUCUUCUUCCUCACUCACUUCAACGCGCCUUUCCUUCCCUUCAAACAUAUCAUCCAUCAAAACCUCCAAAAAUCCACCUUCUUUUCACUUGCUCUGCGUUAAGGCCUCCGCCACCAACUCCCCCCCUAAAGCCCGUUUUGUCGCUCGUCGAAAGGAGUCCAUUUCCGUUCGCCAGUUGAACCGCCCUCUUAUUGAUUAUAUGAGCUUACCAGCGAGCCAAUACUCGGUGCUGGAUGCAGAAAGGAUUGAGAGGGUAGAUGAUAAUACAUUUAGGUGUUAUGUAUAUAGGUUUAAGUUUUUCAAUUUCGAGGUUUGCCCUGUUUUGCUUGUUAGAGUUGAAGAACAGCCUAAUGGUUGCUGUAUUAAGCUCUUGUCUUGUAAGCUGGAGGGCUCACCAAUUGUGGUUGCACAGAAUGAUAAGUUUGAUGCUUCUAUGGUCAACCGAAUAUCGUGCAAUACCAACCGAAAUGACUCAUUAGUACAAGAGCUUACAUCGGACGCAGUUAUUGAGGUCAACAUCGAGGUUCCUUUUGCAUUUAGACCAAUUCCAUUGGGAAUGAUUGAAUCAAGUGGGACCCAAGUCCUUGAACAAAUACUCAGGCUGAUGCUGCCCCGUUUUAUGGCGCAGCUUGUUAAAGACUAUCAAGCAUGGGCUUCUGGUGAUACCUCAAGGCAACCUCUUGGAACCGGGGAGAUAUGAAAUCACGCAAGAUAAGAUUUCUUCGAACUCUCUUUGAAAUUGGCAUCUUGUUCAAUUUUGGCAGCAUAAUAUGUUUUGACUGUAAUAUUUAGGCAGUUUAGUGUUCCUCAGCACUGAGGUGCAACAAAUUAAGAAAAUUCAUUAUAUUCAUCCAAUGUCAGUCAUGCAGACUCUAGGAUCAGUAUAUUCCUCCUAUUCUGAUAUGAAAUUCUGGCAACUGUUUUCAGUUUUUUUAUUUGGAUUUUAAGUUGGAUUAAACAAAA